AUGGGAGAGGGUGAUGGAAGCAAGGGUGAUGAGAUCGGCAUCUAUAUCAGAGAACCAAUUCGGUUUCAUGUUUGGCCGUUCAACUAUGGAAACUAUCCAUCUCAUCAGGAGGGGAAUAGGGAGAUUGAUGAGGAUGUCACAUACCGCAUAGGGGAGGGAUGGAUGAAAUGGAGGUUAGCAUCUGGCAUCUUGUAUGACAAAAAGGUGCCAUCGAAACUUGAAGGAAAGUUUUAUAGAGCGGUGGCUAGACCGGCUAUGUUGUAUGGGGCAGAAUGUUGGCCAAUCAAGAACUCACAUAUCGAGAAGAUGAAAGUAGCAGAAAUAAGGAUGUUGAGGUGGAUGUAUGGGCUUACUAGAUUGGAUAAGAUUAGGAAUGGGUAUAUUCUAGCUAAGGUUGCUGGCACUGUCUCUUGA